UGCUUUAUGGGCAAGAUGGCCUACAUGCAUCAUGUGAAAAAAAGUACUGUGGCCGGGGAAGUAAGUGUGUUGUUAACAAGGAGACUAAUCAACCUGAAUGCAAAUGCCUAGAAGACUGCAAGCCCAGUUAUAUGCCAGUAUGUGGAUCUGAUGGCAAAUUUUAUGAAAAUCACUGUGAAGUCCACCGAGCCUCAUGCUUGCAGAGGAAGAAAAUCUACAUUAUCCACAGCAAAGACUGUUUCUUCAAAGGUGACACUUGCACAAUGGCAGACUACAGCCAUCUUAAAAGCAUGCUCCUGAACCUUCAAGCUCAUCACCACAGCCAGCUGAGCAGCCCUGUAGAGGACAGAACAUCCCAGAAGCGCUUGUUAGUUGAAGACAUCUUUAAAUACUUGGAUAUAAACAGUGACGGACACCUCAGCAGCUCUGAACUGGCUCAGCUAAUGGAGAAAGAAGCUCUAGAAGAUGAUUUCUUGGAUUGCACGCUGGAAGAUCUUCUCCGAUUUGAUGAUUACAACAAUGAUGGUUACUUAACCCUGCAGGAACUCUAUACUGCAUUCCAGGUGGUUCAACUCACUCUUCCGGAGGAACAGAAGGUUAGCAUUACCACAGUAACAGUCGGACUGAGCACUGUACUGACGUGUGCCAUCCACGGAACCCUUAAGCCCCCAAUUAUCUGGAAACGCAACGGAAUCAUACUGAACUUCUUAGAUUUGGAAGAUAUCAACGAUUUUGGAGAAGAUGAUUCCCUCUACAUCACCAAGGUAACAACUAUUCACAUGGGCAAUUACACCUGUCAUGCCUACGGCUAUGAAGAGCUAUAUCAGACCCACAUCCUUCAGGUGAAUGUGCCACCAGUGAUUCGUGUAUAUCCUGAAACUCAGGCACAGGAACCUGGCAUAUCCGCAAGUCUCAAAUGUCAUGCUGAAGGCAUUCCUAAUCCCAGAAUUACCUGGCUAAAAAAUGGUAUUGAUAUCAUACCAAAAUUAUCCAAACAACUAACACUCUUAGCAAAUGGAAGUGAACUUCAUAUCAGUAGUGUUCGAUAUGAAGACACAGGUGCCUACACAUGCAUUGCUAAAAAUGAAGUGGGAGUGGAUGAGGACAUAUCUUCUCUGUUCAUCGAAGAUUCGGCCAGAAAGACUCUUGCAAACAUACUGUGGCGAGAGGAAGGCCUAAGUGUGGGAAACAUGUUUUAUGUCUUUUCCAAUGAUGGGAUCACAAUCAUUCAGCCAAACGAAUGUGAGAUCCGAAGACAUAUCAAACCCAGUGAGAGGAUUUUUACAAGUUAUGAAGAGAUCUGUCCUAAAGUUGAAGGUGGACCUGUUCAGUCCUGCCUCUGGGCUUCAGCUGUCAAUGUCAGAGACAAGUAUAUUUAUGUGACUCAGCCCAAGCAAAACAGAUUAAUGAUCAUUGAUAUCCAGACACAGAAAGUCAUGCAGUCUAUGGAUGUUGACCCCCUGCCAGCCAAAUUACAUUAUGAUAAAUCACAUGACCAAGUCUGGGUCCUUAGCUGGGGGAACAUGCAGAAGUCCCAUCCAACACUGCAGGUAAUAUCAGAGGCAAGUGCAGGGGAAAAUCAGCAUAUCAUCCGCACGCCAUUUGAAGAUGUGGAUGAUUUUUUCAUACCACCUACAAAUCUUAUUAUUAAUCACAUUAGGUUCGGUUUCAUCUUUAACAAAUCGAAAUCUGCAGUUCACAAAAUUGACCUGGAAACUGUGACCCACAUCAAGACGAUCAGCUUCAAAAACUAUAGCUGCAAACCACAGAGCAUGGCCUAUACCCAUUUGGGCGGCUACUUCUUUGUCCAAUGUAAAAAUAAUACAUCAAUAUUAGCAUCUCCCCAGCUCAUUAUUGACAGUGUUACAGAUUCUGUGAUUGGCCUUAACAGUGACAUAUUGGGUACGCCCUAUAUUUCCCCUGAUGGACGCUAUUUGGUCAGUGCAGCUGAAGACAGUGGCAGGAUUAAAGUCCAGGCAAUAACCAUCCAAGGGGAAAUCAAGUUGAUUUAUGACUUACAAACAAAUGUACAUGUAUCUGAUCUGACAUUUCAACCCUCUUUCACUGAAGGCAAUCAGUACUAUAUAUAUGCUACAUCACAUUUGCAAACAGAUGUGCUUUUUGUAGAGCUGUCGACAGGGAAAAUGAAUGUACUGAAGAAUUUAAAGGACCCUAUCAUGUCCAAAGACUGGCCCUGGAGCAGCUACAACCGAAUUAUGAAAGACAGUGGAUUAUUUGGACAGUAUCUUAUUACACCAGCUAAGAAUUCACUGUUUGUUAUUAAUGGGAGACAAAACACAUUACACUGUGAGGUUUCAGGUAUCAGGAGGGGUAACACGGUGGUCUGGGUUGGAGAAGUAUGAAAGGGCACAAAAGUAAGAGCCUGUAGCAGACAAGUACUGAUUGGACCUUACACUGCAACAGAUAGGCAGUAGCAUUGUAUAUUUUUACACUGGGGAAAAAACCUGUAUAAGCUUCAUGGUGCAACACUGGUCUACUUGCAAGUUUUAUAGUAUAAGGUAUGCUCUGCUAAUAGAAAUUGGGUUGUGUUGGGAUAUUUUUUGGAAGUAUGAUUUACGGCUUGGCUUAUGAAAAGAAUGUAUACCUGGAAAGAGAAUAAUUUUUUCACCGAGGUAUUGAAUAAGCUGCAUAACUUGAUGAUUCUGUAGAACAAAACAGCUUCUGAGUUUCAGUACUGAUGAGUCUCUAAGUUAUGUUGAAGUCAUCAGUUUUCUUUCAGUCAGUCUAACUUCAAAUCACCUGUACUUCUGACUGUAGGGCCCUGAUUAUACUGCUCUUAACGUUGCCUGGACAUGUAAGCAGUAAAAACACAUUUAAAACUGCCCUUUGUAUAAGAAACAUAAAUCACAGAGAGCAGUUUUCAAAAUGCAGACAUCUAGGUGAGAAAUUUAAUGGAAAAUGAUCGGUUUCCUUUGAGGGAUGGUGUUAGAAGAAUUUUUUGAUGUAAUUUCAGAACCAAACAUGACAGAAGUAUCUACAGUCAGCUAUCUUUUUUUUUUUCUUUUCUCUCUUUUGCUAUUGGAAUACGAAGAGGAAUGCAGUAGUAUCACCUCUUCCAGGGUGUACAAAGAACAUCGUCUGGUUGUAUUUGAGAAACUUCUUAGCGGAAAAAUUGGGGAUGGGAAGGUGACUUUGAAAGCCAGAAAACACUGGUAGUCAGAUAUGCAGAAUCUAUCCUAUCAGGAGAUAAAGCACUCUUCCUUCAGUACCAUGUGACUCAAGUCAGACAGGACAUAGUGUGAAAAAUCAUUUCAUGCCUGCCAGAUAGCAUAAUAGCCGGGGUUGUUCCCAAUGUAGGCAAAAACAUUUCUAGAAAUUAUUCAUUUCCCUCAUUAGCAAUUUACCAACACUGAAGUGACUUAGUUCUUCAUAAAACAAUGGCUACAUAUCCAACUCCAUCUCCAGCAGUUUCAGUAACAUAUUUUUAACAAAGCAUUCACUCAUUAGAAUUGUAGUCUUAAUUUACAUGUCUCUCAUCAAAGAUUCUGGAAAAGAUUAUUUUUGUUUUGCCUUUUCCCUCCCAUUUAUAUUAUACUUCUUUAUCUUCAAUUACCAUUUAGUUAUGAACAAUGAGAUUAAUAUAAAAACCAAAUAAAUUACCCCAGAAUGAAACAGCUGGCAGUGAGAA